ACCCAAAACACGUGAGGUGAACAUAUGUAAAUGUUCGGUCUUCUCACUCUUUUUUCACUUCCAAGGGAAACGCAGUGGUUGACAACGGUGGCGACGCUGGUAGAAUCCUAAACCCUAACCCUAAGAAAAACCAACAAAAUUUGGGAAUCUUGACGAAAAUUCUAUUGAUCGAUCUUUGCGACGCCAUGGACGUGGACAACGAUCAACCUUCCGCCGCGGCGGCGAAGGCCCAGGCGCUGCAGACCCUAGCAGCGGGUCCUCUCUCCUCAUCGGUGGCAAAGCUCGCCGCGUCCUCGCGCUGCCUCCCUUCCAACAAGGACUUCCACUUCUACCGAAACUUCGAGGAGUUUAAGGUCCCUGUCGAGGAAAUCGCGCGGGAGUCGCGGUCGAUGCUGGAGGCCAUCGGAGCAGCGGCGCACGCAGCGUUUCCUGCCGACGUCGACGACGCCUAUGACUGGCUUGUGAACGUGAACGAUGAUGUUCUGGAGCGGUUUGAUGCAUCCAUGGACGAGUUCCGGAGGCAUCGGGAGGAGGAUAAAACUGGGCAUUCGGCGAAGCACCCAAUGGAGGAGGAUGGGUUUCAGCUGGUUUCUAGGAAGAAGAAAGGGGUAAGAGGGAAUGUGAUUCCAGGGACGGGUUCUGAGGCGAGUCCGGCGACACCUGGAGUCACUGUGGCGACUAAGGAUAAGAAGACGAUGGGAUCCAAGCCCAAGGUUCCGUUUCAUAUUCCAACUAUAAGGAGACCGCAGGAUGAGUAUAGUAUAGUGGUUAAUAAUGCAAACAUGCCUUUUGAGCAUGUGUGGUUGCAGAGUAGUGACGAUGGGACAAGGUUCAUUCAUCCGCUGGAAAUGCUCUCUGUUUUGGAUUUUGUUGAUAGAAAUCCUGGGGAUGUUGUGCCAAUGAAGCCUCCCUCAAUAGAUAACACUCCUUUCAAGCUUGUGGAAGAAGUAAAAGAUUUAAAGGAGUUGGCUGCUAGGCUGCGUUCUGUGAAUGAAUUUUCGGUUGAUUUGGAACAUAAUCAAUAUCGGUCUUUUCAAGGUUUGACUUGCCUUAUGCAAAUCUCGACAAGGGCUGAAGAUUUUGUUGUUGACACAUUGAAACUUCGCAUUCAUAUAGGACCCUAUCUCAGGGAUGUUUUCAAGGACCCUUCCAAGAAAAAGGUCAUGCAUGGUGCGGAUCGUGAUAUUUUAUGGCUUCAACGAGACUUUGGAAUUUACGUUUGUAACUUGUUUGACACUCACCAGGCUUCAAAGUUGUUAGGCUUGGAGAGAAAUAGUUUGGAGUAUAUUCUGUACCAUUUUUGUGAAGUUACUGCAAACAAAGAUUACCAGAAUGCAGAGUGGAGGCUACGUCCACUUCCUGAUGAGAUGCUAAGAUAUGCUAGGGAAGAUACACACUAUCUGUUAUAUAUAUAUGAUUUAAUGAGGAUUAAGUUAUUUGCCUUGUCUAAGGAGUCUGAAAGUUCUGAGUCUACUGAUACUCCUCUGGUGGAGGUCUACAAGCGAAGUUAUGAUGUCUGCAUGCAGCUCUAUGAGAAAGAACUUUUGACAGAGAACUCCUAUCUUCAUAUAUAUGGGUUGCAAGGAGCUGGUUUCAAUGCUCAGCAGCUUGCCAUCGUUUCUGGACUGUGUGAAUGGAGAGACAUUGUAGCCCGAGCAGAGGAUGAGAGUACAGGAUAUGUAUUGCCAAAUAAAUCUGUUCUUGAAAUCGCUAAGCAGAUUCCUCUUACUACAAGCAAACUAAGGCGAUUAGUGAAGUCAAAGCACCCUUAUGUUGAACACAAUCUUGAUACAGUAGUCAGCAUCAUUAGACAUUCUAUUCAAAAUGCUGCUGCAUUUGAGGAAGCAUCUCAACUGUUGAAAGAAGCACAAGCUGCCGCUGCAUUAGAUGUGGUACCAGUUAUUGAUGGAACUGAAGUCCCCCAAUUCCAUAAACAAGAUUCUAAGGAAACUUCUCUGCAUCAAGAUACAAAUGUACAAAUAAAAAUCAAGUCCAGCAGUCUUACAUCUGAGCCAGCAAGGGUCAGUGUCACAGUUUCAGAGCAGGACAGGGAUGCAAAUGUUGGUGCACUUUCUCCGGAAAAGGGAAAUAGAACGACUGUUCAGGUGCUUAAAAAACCUCCUGGUGCUUUUGGGGCAUUUCUGGGGAAUUCAGCUUCAAAGAGGAAGCUUGGUCCUGAUAAGGGAAAGGAAGAUAUCAAGUUAGAGCAUAUUAGAUCUUCCGUUAGUCUUCCUUUCCAUUCAUUUUUGGGUAGCAGCGAGAAGUCAGAACCUACAGUAGAAACUCCCAGUGUAGCGUCUGAAAUGUUAGAGCCAACAAAACCUGUUUCUGAUAUAGUUUCUGCCUCUCCUCUUGAUGAGAUUAUAAUGCUAGAAUCUGAUACGGGUGCAGAGAGUAUGGAGCUGAAUAACCUAGAAAACUACAAUGUGCGCAUGGAGAAAAAUUCUGGUGUGUUCACAUCGGAAAAAGAGGACAAAGAACCAGUGUCUCUCAUGGAAUUAUCAUCAAAUUUUAAGAAAUGCUUUCACUCUAAUGACCAAAAUAAUAAAACCAGACAGCACGGGAAAACUGAACAGUCCAGUGGCGUGGUGCAGCUGAAGGCAUUUGAUUAUGAAGCUGCAAGGAAGCAUGUCGAGUUUGGAGAACAUACAAAGCAUGCAUCUUCCCGGGAUUGUGGCGAGGUAGAGGUCUCAGAUAGCAAGCAACGUUCGACAAUUGGACAGGAACAAGCUAGUAAUUCGACUAAACAAUUGCAACAAGGUAAAAGACGUCAGGCUUUUCCUGCUUCUGGGAAUCGUAGUGCGACAUUUCGCUGAUAAAUGAAAAUGGUACAAUAAUGAGAAAGCAAGAUGUUCAAUAUAGAAAUUUAUAGUGUUGAAUCUAAGAUUGGUAAGAUAUAGAAAUUUAUGCAUUUAAGUUUACAUCUUAAAAUUAUAAUUUUUACAUUUUGGUCAUUAGCAGCAACAUUUAUCCUUGUGUAGCUGAUAGUACGGAAGUUGAAAAAUGUUUCUGGGAGACGAAAAUCUGGUAGGCAUUGUAAAUGCAAACCCUAAAUUUAAGGCUACUUACAUUUUUCAUUGUUUA